GCUAACUGGACCGAAUUUUGUAACUGGGGCGACGGUCUUGUCGCGCACGGCUUGUCCACGGCGGCAGGGUUGGACGAGCUGUCGGCAGCUUUGUGCAGACGAUGUUGCUCGAUUCGAAUCGCCAACCGUGACCAGCUCAGUUGAGGACCCUGUCAACGGUACUUCCACCACCGUGCGAUCGUUUUGCCGAACUCAAAUUGGCCCAUAUACCACCACUGUUCGUCCGACCCCCGCUUAAAGCGGCGCAAUCAAGUCGGUGGUCGCAUUUGUAAACUAAGCGCCAACCCUCUUGGCCGUGAAAGGUCUUUGAACAGGCAUCGUCAUCUCUAAUGUAAGUUCAAUUGGAAGUGCGACCCCCGAGGCAACCAUGCAACCGCGACACCGUUUCUGGCAUGUUGUUGAACAUGAACCUGUGGCGCAAGGGGGAGAUCGCGCCACAUGAAUGUGCGAGGGGCUUACAAGCAUGACGAAUCCCACAGAAACGAACACCACCCGCCAUUUUGCAAAGUGCUGUUACAAUUCAACCACGUUGAUGUAGCGCGCCAAUGGAUGACAACGGAACGACAAGUCGUGCGGCCGCGCCGUCGACUCGCUCACUUGCCCGCGCCACGCGUACGGCAGGAAGCAGACACCCAUUCAAUCUUGCCGAGUCCUCGUGCUCUGUCUCCGGACGUGGAGCGGAUGUCUCGGGCCAUGCGGGGCAGGCCGCGUACGGCGCCGUUCGUGGUCGGCGCGUUGUCGUCGUGCGUGGGAGGCAAAGGGGCGAUAUAUGCGCGUGCGUGCCGUGCUCUCGUUAGUUCACACUUUCGUUUAGUAAACAACGUCACCACAACGGACACCCCGCGCCGCCUCCACAAGUUCAAGCGUACCCAGUAGUCCCGGUGUCCCGUGACGGGACUGGGAGGCAGGCGCCAUCGGUCGCCAACACCGCACGAUUGCCGUGGGUUCCGUCCAACGGCACAAACUGGCUGCGAAUUUGCACGGCACCGGCGGAUUCCGUGGGGACGGCCCCCUCGACAAAAUGCACGCGCGGCGAUGGUUCGUCAACAUGGCGCUGCCGUCAUCGAAGUCGAAGUUUUGAUUAGUUUUUUUCACCCGACCAAACUCAGACGUGUAAAUAAUAUAUAUGUGGGUGACGCCAAGGUAAUUUUAAAACUUUCACGCCCAUAUACCCAUUAUCC